CUUUCUUUGAGACGUGACGAGACAAGUUCCUUUUCGACCUUCGCUGAAUAUUGCUUUGAAAAAGCCAUGUGUUCUAUAAUUACGGGAAUUUUAAGUUCAACCGUGGGUUUAUUGUGCGACAAAGCUCGUGAUAGUGCUGCAAAUAAACUCAAGGACGGAGAUUUAGCGGAUCAAAAAUUGCGUGAAAUAAUUGUUAAGGAUUUGACCGACAUCAAGUCGAAACUCGACUGUCUUUCGCUUGAAAAACUUGAUAGUAGUUAUAGUUUCCUGAAAGAAGGCGUAAGAUUGUUAAAUCAUGCCCUUGAUGAGUCGAAUGAAGAUCAGAAAGCGAGUGAGGGUCCAACAGACGAAGCAACAAGAGUUAUGAAUGAUACAGCAUCUGGUAUUUUGAACAUAGCCUUAUCACUUCCUCAAGCGAUUCAACGAUUAAAAAUCUCGUCCGAUAAGCGGUUCGUUUCUGCUCAAGAUUGUUUCAAAGCAUCUCGCGAGGCAGCCACACAUGCUUUCAACAACAAAUCUCUGAGCAUCAAAGAUCGAAUUAUGGCUUGCAAGUUACGUGUGGCAGCCAGAAUUCUUGAAUCAGGUCUUGAAGACCCGGAAGCCGCAACUACUGCCUGUUUGUUGCCACUUGAAGAGCUACAUGGUUUACCAGUAAUCGAAGAAAUGUUCGCAGUUUUUCUCAAGGGAGGACUGAAAUCAAUGCUGAAGAAAGCUGAACGGUUAGAAAACAUAACGUCUGUUUUGUUCAUCAAUCAUGCGUUAUAUGAUUUCGCUUCCAAGUAUAGCAGUAAAUCGCCCAACCCAUUUACCUGGCCUGGAAUAGAGUUGAAGGAUCGUACAUUUCAUCCUAUCCUACACGCACGCGAGAUUAUGGCGAAGACAUCGAGUAGUGAAGAAUUUGUCCAACAACUGAACCGAGUGGUUAAUGAUUCGAGAAUAUGGGGCGCUGCGUUUGCUGUGAAUAGCCGUGGUGAAAUUAUUCUACUAGAUGAAGACAAAAUCACGGUUAUUUACAGCACAGGUGAAAGCAAGGAUGUUAUGCUUCCCAAACCCACAGAAAAUAACGUUAUUUAUCAUUACAGAAUGGAUGUUGCUGUUGAUAGCAAUGACAAUGUGUAUGCUGUACGACUGCUUAGGACACUUGAUAAAGAUGGAAGUGAUAAGUACGAUUUUGUGUUGUACGCUUUUGACAAGAAUUACAACAUCAAGCAUGUCUCCGUAUUGGAUUUCCUUGACACAAGAAAAUAUGCACAUGUGUACAUUGCUGUUGACAAAAACCAAAACCUAAUCAUGCUCACAUAUUGGAAUGACCAGGUAUAUAUCUGUGAAAACACAGGAAAGUUGAAAUUUCAGUUUAAACGAGAUGGAGAUCUACUACGCAGCCCGAGUAUUUCUAACAACAAUGACAUCAUGAUAAAAUCACAUGAUCGCAGCGCUGUUCAAAUAUACUCAACAGAAGGUAACUUAAAAUCCACAAUAAAAGUACCAGAAGGUCAUAUAGUCGUGGGGGUGGUAUUUCAUCAUAGCAUUUGUAAAAUAAUUGUUUUAACCUAUGUUGGGAAACAGGAUUCCAGGUUCUUGCUCGGUUAUUCUGAAACAAGUGAACUGGAGAAUACAGUGCUUUUCGAUAAGCUAGAUACAGACCAAUUUAGCUGGAUUGUACAUAUGAAAAGUCAUCCAAGCGGACCAGUUGCUGUUCAAGUGGGGGACACCAUCACCUUUAUUUAAGUAUAUCAACUUUUUAGCUUCUCUGCUUGGAACUGAAUCAUUUAAUCGAAAACCAAGAUCUUGACAGCACGUACUAACACCGCAAAGCGAUGUUCAAAAACAAAACAGACGAUCUUGAAAAGUUGACAAUCUUCUGUUCUGAUAGAUAUCAUGAACUGGGAUUUUGUUAAUUUAAUAAUUAAACAUAUAUCUUAAUAAAGUCAAUAAUCAAGUCAAUAUUAUAGACAAGUAAUGUAUCGAACUUAUUAACAUAUACUUCAAUUUAUAUUAUAAUAUAGCAUGUGUAAAUUCUGAACGCUGAUUGGCUAAGAGCCGUGUUGAUAUAACUCAGUGUCAACACGGAAACGUCAGAAAAUUUCUUUCUUUAUAUUUCUUUGUGCUAUAUUAUAAAAUAAAUAUAAAACAUUUUUCCCGUAUUGAUAUGCAGUUAUAUCAACACUCGUGGAAAUUGGGAAAACUCAAAAUUGUGUGAAAACACUCCGUCCUUCGGGUGUCAUGUUUCCACACAAUUUCUCGUUUUCCCAAUUUCCACUCGUUUUGAUAUAACUGUAUAUCAACACGGAAAAUGUUUUAUAUUUGUUAAAUAUCAUUUUAGCGCAAUAUUUGAUUUGUCUAAAGUGCCUAUGACACGAAAUUUCACCCCAAAGGUUUAUGGUUGCAUUGUAAAGAUAAUUUAAAAUGACUUAAUAAUUUAUUUUAUAGAAUUUUGGUAACUUGCAAAUAUCACCGGUGUGACAUCACAUCACAUAAUGAGUUUUCAGAAAAGUAUAGUUUUCUUGACGAAUACGUAUCUAAAAAACUUAAAAAUUGCCCUUGUAUAUGUAUUAAUUUCAUGACUGGUAAUUAACCCUCUGUAUUUGUUUGUAAAAAUAUUUUACCAAGGUAAAAUAUUGCGUUUUCAAAAUGUCAUUAUGCGAUGUGAUGUCACACCGGUGAUAUUUGCAUAUGAAACAAAAUUGAAUAUCUUGCAAAGGAAGCAAGUUACCAAAAUUCUAUAAAAGAAAUUAUUAAGUCAUUUUAAGUGAUCUUUACAAUGCAAUCACAAACAUUUGGGGUGAAAUUUCGUGUCAUAGGCACUUUAACAUUAGUCAUAUAUUUUUCGAGAAAUGUUUUACUUGUUUGGACUCUUUUCUGUCGCCCCACCCACCCACACCCUUCACUUUUCUUAAAGUGAGGUGAAUUAAUUUUAAUCCAGCCCUAGGACUGGGUCAAUGUACUUCAUCAGGUAUCCAGUUUUAUCAUGUGAGGAAAAUAAAGCAAUAUGGUUGGC